UAAUAAUAAUGUUUACCAAGACCUUACUUACUAAGAACCUCUCUAUCUUCCGUCCAAGCAUUAGGAACUUCAGGUACAUUCUAAGAAACCCUUUGACUCAGCCAGAAGUGACUAUCUCCGAGACUGAGAAGGAAGCUCAGAAGGAUCUCCCAGUCUGGGAUAGAAUUUUCGAUCACAGAAAGUACAUGGAACAUGAAGGCCCUCUAAAGAUCUCAACAGGGCUUGCCAUGCUUGAUGUAGAACCUUUCCCACGCCUCAAGCUCAUGAAGCUGUAUUACAUGGCUCUCGAGGAGAUCAGGGAUCUUCCUGAUGCCUACAAAUACAAAGUUGUUUCUGAGGAGUUGACCAAAUUCAGAAUGGAAAUAGUAGACCAAAACAAAAGUAUCAAGAAAAUCGAAGAGCUUAUUGGAUAUGGAAUGGUCGAGGAACUCAUUUUUGCAGCUCAUAACGAACUCAAACUUCUCAAGAUCGUUAAAAGAUGGAAACCAUGGGAAGAAUACGGUGAUUAUGACGAUAAACAGUUUGAUGAAGAACUUUCCAAUAUGAAUUCUGAUCACUGGUUUGCUGAGCCAAGCGAGACUUAUAUGCAUGAACGUCAUGAUAAGCCAGAGAGACCUGCAACCUCUGGAUCUGGCAAGGAUGAAUAACCAUAUUGGUUCAAUA